AUGCCCGUUCACCCAUCCCUCGAAGGCUCAACCUUCAACGCCGACCUGCGCGAUCGCCAUUUGAUCUACGAGUACGCCGCAGAAGACAAGGAUAGCAAUCCAGAGAAAUGGCGGUACGAGAUUUGGUUCGAGAACGCCGAGCGGAUCAACUAUGCAAUCCACGGCGGGCCAAUGGCCGGACGAAUAAACUUCCAAACAGCCGAGUACCAAUGCAUUCGACCUGGCGAGCUGUGGCAGUGCAACUGGCUCGAGGAGACGGGCACGAUUGUUUCAUUGGUAUAUGAUAUCCCGAACAAGAAGAUCACCACAUUGUUGGGAUUUUCAAAGGGGCAUUGGAACAAUGCCGAAGAUGCCCACGGUGAUAAGCGGAAUCCGGAUGAUAUGGAGAGGUGGCGUGGGUUAGCGAGGUUGGGGAUUCAGACGGAGCGGCAUCUUUUGAAUGAGCAGGCGGAUAUCCUUGAGGACUUUCGAGGGCCUGGGGAUUUGAAGCCUGUUGAUAUGGCAUUGCCAACAUUUUGA